UGCCAGCAAAUCAAAGGGGGCUGCGAUCCGCUAUCUUGCAAGGGUUUCUCCAAAUGUUAAUGCCUUUUUCUUCUUCCUCUUCGUUAUCGUAAUAAAUUUCUGGGAAUUUCAAAUUUUGUGUGAAGAAAGCUUCGUUUUUCUUGGAGGCAUUUUAGGGUUUUUAGGCGAGUUUGAGUUUUUUGAUUGUCAAAAUUCUUGAAAAUGCCGGCUCAUAGAUCGAAAUCUGAGAAAAAUGGAGAAGAAAAUCAAUUGAGGAGAGACCCUUACGAGGUUCUUGGUGUUUCUCGCAGCUCCACAGAUCAACAAAUCAAAAGCGCUUACCGUAAAUUGGCUUUGAAGUACCAUCCAGACAAAAACGCAAAUGACUCUAAAGCAGCUGAUAUGUUUAAGGAGAUAACUUAUUCGUAUAAUAUAUUGUCCGAUCCAGAUAAACGGCACCAGUACGACAGUGAUGGUUUUGAGGCUGUUGAAGCUGAAAGCCAGGAUUUGGAGCUGGAUCUUUCGAGUUUGGGAGCUAUGAAUACCAUGUUUGCUGCAAUCUUUAGCAAACUUGGAGUACCAAUAAAAACUGUUGUAUCUGCCACCGUCUUGGAGGAGGCAAUAAAUGGUACAGUCACUAUCCAACCACUUGGUUUGGGGAAACCUGUUUCUAGAAAGGUUGAGAAGCAGUGUGCUCAUUUCUAUUCUGUUAGGAUAACAGAGAAGGAAGCACAGGCUGGAAUAGUUUGUCGAGUGCAAUCAGCAGACAAGAGCAAGUUCAAGCUUUUGUAUUUUGAUCAGGAUGAAAAUGGUGGACUGAAUCUCGCUCUGCAGGAAGAUAGUGCAAAAAAAGGAAAGGUGACGGCUGCCGGGAUGUAUUUCCUUGGUUUCCCGGUCUAUAGAUUGGAACCACCAUCUAGCACGACGGCAGCUAAGAGGGAUCCAGAUACUGCUUUCUUCAAAAAGCUAGAAGGGUUUCAGCCAUGUGAAAUUACCGAAUUAAAAGCUGGAUUUCAUACAUUUGCUGUUUAUGGCGACAAUUUCUUUAAAAGUGCUAGCUACACAAUUGAAGUCCUUUGUGCAGCUUCUUUUGUAAACGAGAAGGAGAAUCUCCGUGCCAUUGAAGCUCAGAUUUCUUCAAAACGGACGGAAAUCUCUAAAUUUGAAACUGAAUAUAGACAGGUUCUUUCACAAUUCACCGAGAUGACAAGCAGAUACGAUCAAGAAAUGCAAGCGAUCGAUGACCUUCUUAAACAAAGAAAUGAAAUACAUGCUGCAUACACAAGUACCCCACAAACAAAACGUGGUAGCAGCGGUAGCAGUAGAAGUAAAAAACGAGUUGUUUUGAAAGAAGACGGGCAUCAAAUAAAAGAUCAUAAAAAGACACCAUCGAUAAAGGAUGGAACCAAGAAGAAGUGGUUCAAUAUUCAUGUAAAAGUGGAGAAGAGAAAGCCUUGAUGAACAGUAUUUUUCGAGUUUUGACUCGGAAAAGGAUUUAGUCUUCUUGGCAAGUACGUACAAAAAGAAAGAAAGGCUCGAGAGCUUGUGGAGCGGAGAACAUGCAUGUUCCCUUGUAUGCUCGUUGCAGUAUGGAUACGGAUUGUACAAGUGGGUUAUGCACAAGAUGACGUUUUUGAUUGACGAACAUGGAUGGGUUGGGUGUAGAGCUGCUAAAAUCUGUAUAAUUCUUUUGCUUUUGUCUUUUUGUUUUCGGUAUUUUAAACGGUAUGCAACUGUAAAUUGAAUCAAGUUAUUUCGGUCAUCAUCGUUCUCUUUUUUUGGAUGAGACUUCAAAUAUAGAGGGAAUAUGCAAAUGUUAGUUAAAUGGUGAUCAUAGUAUGCAAAGGGUCAUUAAACCGAUCUGGAUCGGUGCUCCUGACCUUCGCCGUUACUUAUGUCGUGGGCCAAGUCGCCUGUACCUCGUGUGCGUCUCAUGCUGCAGCCAAUUUGCUUGGCUCUCUUGCCUGUUCCUCGCAUCAGAUGGCUGCUCCAGUGGAUUAGGCGACCUUGGCCACAACCCAUGUUUGGAACCUCUUGGAUGCCCAAAAUUUGCAGGUUUUGCUAUCUUUUGACCUCGAAACUUACCAAAGUCAUUUAGUAGUUAAGCGC